AUGGCCCCAUUAGUUUUGUCAUGGCUCAAGGACGGAAUUGAUCUGCUGCACAAAUUCUUCCUGGACGACGACCUGCAAACAGGGAGCGGAGGCAGCGGCGCGGCCGGCGUCGUGGCUCGCGCCCCUCCCCCAGUGGCGACGGCGGUCCGCGAUUGGCCGGGCGUAGCCCAAUGGCAGCAGGCCCCGCCCUGGCGGCCCGGCCAUGCCGGCGUGCCGCCACUCGCGGCCCGGCCGCCGCCAGAAGCGCCUCAGCUCGCCAUGCUGCUGCGGCCCGCCAUGUCCGAGUCCCCGCUAGACCUGCGCGGCGUGCACCUGCAGGACUCUGACUCCGACGUCAAUGUGGACUCCGACGACGACGGCGCGCCUCCGGCGGGUGGCCUGCCGCCGGAGUACCCGAGGCAUCUGAUCGCCGCCGGCCCGGGAGCGCCUCCCGGGGUCGUCAGCGGUGGCAACACGACACCCACGCCUGCACUCUCGCCCGGCUCCGAGGAGGCUGCCGCCGUCUCCGUCUCCCCGUCGUCCAACGGCGGCGGCAAGAAGUCCUCCGGAUCGAGCAGCGGCGGCGGUACGACGCAGGUGAAGCCGCCGUACUCGUAUAUCGCGCUCAUCACCAUGGCCAUCCUACAGUCGCCGCACAAGAAGCUCACGCUCAGCGGCAUCUGCGAGUUCAUCAUGGCGCGCUUCCCGUACUACCGCGAGAAGUUCCCCGCCUGGCAGAACUCGAUCCGCCACAACCUGUCUCUCAACGACUGCUUCAUCAAGAUCCCGCGCGAGCCGGGCAACCCGGGCAAGGGCAACUACUGGACGCUCGACCCGAUGGCGGAGGACAUGUUCGACAACGGCAGCUUCCUGCGGCGGCGCAAGCGCUACAAGAGGCAGCCGCCCGAGUUCCACCACCACCACCACCAGCACCACGCGGCGGCGGUGGCCGCGGGGCUGCUCGACGCCUACCACCGCCACCACCACCACCAGCAGCACCACCACCACCAGGCGGCGGGCGCGCCGCUGCCCUACCCGUACCUGUCGCCGCUGCCGCCGCUGCUGCCGCCGGCCGAGCUGGCGCGCCUCUCGCUGGGCCUCGGG